GCGGCGGCGGCUGGAGCGGGAUGGGACGGAGCGCGGCGCCAGUCUCAGAGCACUGUCUUCCAGAGUUCUCUUCUCUUGACUGCUUUGUGUGAGGAAGAAGGAAAAAAUACUGCUGCAGAAAAAGCCACCUGAGUGUGCCAGGAAGUUAGAGAGCAGCUGUUUUCUCAGAGGCGUAGACAGUACGGAUAUUCCACGCUCCUUUUUAAAUGAUUGUGAGCCAUGCCUUUGGUGAAAAGGAACAUUGAACCACGGCAUCUCUGCCGAGGAGCUCUGCCAGAGGGAAUUACAAGUGAACUGGAAUGUGUAACAAAUAGCACCCUUGCUGCUAUCAUACGCCAGCUAAGCAGCUUAAGCAAACAUGCUGAAGACAUAUUUGGUGAAUUGUUUAAUGAGGCCAACAGCUUCUACAUCAGAGCAAAUUCCCUCCAAGACAGAAUUGAUCGCCUUGCUGUCAAAGUCACCCAGCUGGAUUCAACAGUGGAAGAGGUAUCCUUACAGGAUAUCAACAUGAAAAAAGCAUUCAAGAGCUCAACAGUUCAAGACCAGCAGGUAGUUUCAAAGAACAGCAUUCCGAACCCGGUGGCUGAUAUUUAUAAUCAAAGUGACAAACCACCACCUCUGAAUAUUCUUUCACCUUAUAGGGAUGAUAAGAAAGAUGGAUUGAAGUUCUAUACUGAUCCUUCCUAUUUUUUUGAUCUUUGGAAAGAAAAAAUGUUACAAGAUACUGAAGAUAAGCGAAAAGAAAAGAGGAGACAAAAGGAGCAAAAGCGUAUAGAUGGCACCACCCGUGAGGUGAAAAAGGUUAGAAAAGCCAGGAACAGACGCCAGGAGUGGAAUAUGAUGGCAUAUGACAAAGAGCUUAGACCUGACAACAGGUUGUCUCAAAGUGUGUACCAUGGAGCAUCUUCCGAGGGAUCACUGUCCCCAGAUACUAGGUCCCAUGCAUCCGAUGUUACAGAUUAUUCUUAUCCUGCUACUCCGAAUCAUUCCCUCCAUCAGCAGAUUUCAAUGCCUUCCUAUGGAGCAGGAGAUGGUCCACAGUACAUGGCAGCGUCCCAAAGCCACGAGCAUGAAUACAGACCGCCCUCCACCACUGUACGACACGCCACUUUAAACAGACCUCAGCAGCCACCUCCCCCUCCACCCCAGCCUCCAGAUGGCCAGCACAGCUCAGUACCUGUGGUACCAGCAGAAUAUGGGAUGCUCCCAGCUCAGAUGGUGGAUUACUACAAUCCUACAGGUCCUCCCCCUCCUCCUCCCCCUCCUAUGAUUCCUUCAGCACAAACUGCGUUUGUUAGUCCCCUUCAGCUUCCCGUGCCACCUUCCCAUUCCGGACUGGUGACUGGCUCUACAUAUGCAGCUACUCAUCCUCCUCCUUCUGGUGGGCUUGUUGUCACUGCUCCUCCUCCUCCUGGCCCACCUCCUCCCCCUCCAGGCCCUCCUGCUGCAGGUGCAUCCCUCUCUUCCUCCCCCAUGCACGCUCCUCCGGUGUCGGAGGCGAAGCAGGCACCGAUGAGCGAUGCACGGAGCGAUCUGCUGGCUGCCAUCAGGAUGGGAAUUCAGCUGAAGAAGGUGCAGGAGCAGCGUGAGCAGGAGGCGAAGCGCGAGCCCGUUGGCAAUGACGUGGCCACCAUCCUGUCGAGGCGCAUUGCCGUGGAGUACAGCGAUUCCGACGACGACUCCGAGUUUGACGAGAACGACUGGUCAGAUUGAACGUGGUCCAAGCCUGCUGGCAACUGCAUUAAAUACUUGGCUUCGGUGAUUGCUUUGUUAGCAAGAUGUAAAGCAGGACGUUGACAUGUGUUAAGGCUAGUGAGGGAAGUGCUAAAAUUGAAUUGGUAUUAUUCAGAAUGCUGUAGCUUAGCAACUCUGGUAAUAAUGAUGUGAUUAUGCUUAUGCAGAUCAGAAACUUGUCUUACUUUCAGUAUUUACUGCAUAAUACUUAAGUGCCACUAAAUGUAGCAACUCUUGUGCUGCGUGCAAGAUAUGAUGCAGUUGUUGCACUGUUACAGAACCAGCAUUUUAUUUUACUUUCCUGUUCUUGAAGGGAUAAAAUAUAUUUUUUUGACUUUACAUCUUACUCUUUUAAUUAUGUAAGCAACUUAGAUACUUGUGAAUUGGUCUGGUUGUUAGUCUUUGAGGGCAGCUUACUGUAUAGCUGAGUGAAGUGUUGAGUUUCAUAAAUGUGACUUCUAGCUUUUUUAUUAGGUACUAAUUAUGCCCACCUUAGUCUAUUUUUAACCACUUUUGGGCUUAAGUUUUUAUGCAUACAGAAUUGAUUUUAUACUAUCUUCCUUUUUAUCUUAAAAAUGUAGCACAUGACGAAAUGUAUACUUUGAAGAAUGACCCCAAGUGAUCAAAAAAGAACAUUUGGUGAGCAGACAGAUAUGUCUGUAAUGGUACCAGCUCUAAGUUACUGGCUGCUUGUUAGGAAGAGUGUUGGGGGGGUCUCUACUGGGUAGCAGAUGCAUGUCUGUGUUAUAAAUGGAAAUGAAAAUACCUGUAGAGCUUUUCAGUCUUAAUAUAAGAUCAACUGGAUGCAGGAUAGACCUGAUGGAAACCCUGUGGCUGUUGCAGUGCAGAAAUGCUACUGCUAUUACUAAAGAUUGGAACAGUCUGGAUCUAGCAAUCAGAUACAUUUCACAAGUAUUAAACUUGGUCUUUAUGCCUGUAGUUAUACAUGUGUGUAAAUAAGUUCUGUUGUUGUUGAUUUGUACAUGUGUAGUUGUGUAGCACAUUGACUCAGAACUCUUAUUUUGAAUGUAUUUCUUUCCCAGUACAUCCCAUGGAUAAAA